GUUGAACGCCAACUGGUUGAAGGAGCUGGUCACCAAUGGGCCGACCAAUUGGCCGGGUGCCAGAUACAUCAUCCGCGACGACGGGAGUCGCAUAGACCUCCGGUACGUUGGGAAACGAGAAGACAUAGAUCUGCAGUUUGGCUGGCGUGUAGAGCGCCACAUGCUAGAUGGAGAUUAUGUCAUCUUCAAUCGCCAACCAUCUCUGCACAAGAUGAGCAUGAUGGGUCACAGGGCCAAGGUAAUGCCUUUUUCUACAUUGCGAUUCAAUCUUGCAGUCACGUCGCCUUACAACGCGGACUUCGACGGAGACGAAAUGAACUUGCACCUAGCCCAGUCGCAAGAGACACGUGCGGAGAUCAAGCACAUGAUGCUGAACCCGCGGCAGGUCGUGUCUCCGCAGGGGAACAAGCCCGUUAUGGGCGUUGUGCAGGACAGCCUUCUCGCCACCGCGAAGUACACAAAGCGAGAUACAUACAUGGAGAAGGAUCUCUGCAUGAACAUCCUCAUGUGGCUGCCUGUUUGGGACGGCCAGCUUCCGAUCCCUGCGAUCAUCAAGCCGAAAAUGCUUUGGACGGGCAAGCAGAUCCUCUCCAUGCUGUUGCCCAAGACUCUGUCCAUGAAGCGUGAUGCAGCGAUCGCUUCCAAGAACAAGAAGGAUGAGCCAGACUUCGCAGCGAGCGAUUGCAAGGUGCUCAUCGUCAACGGCGAGCUGUUGAGCGGUAUCGUGUGUAAGAGAACAAUUGGCUCUUCUGGGGGAUCUUUGCUCCAUUUGGUCUGGCUGGACAGUGGGCCGGAGUGGUGUCGGAACGUUCUUUCCUACAUCCAAAAGAUGGUCAACCAGUGGUUGACACACAAUGGGUUCUCCUGUGGCGUGGCAGACAUCAUUGCCAACGACCAAACGCUGCUGAGUGUGGAGAAGACGCUGAAACAGGCAAAGAAAGAGGUGCGAGCACUCCUAGCUGAUGCUCAGCGCGGAAAGCUGGAGACGCAGCCUGGAAAAACCAUGUACCAGUCUUUCGAAGCCAAGGCGAACCAACGUCUGAACUCCGCCCGCGAGGACGCCGGAAACAUUGGUGCCAGUUCGCUGGAUGAGCGCAACAACAUCAUUUCCAUGGUGAAUGCUGGCUCUAAGGGGUCGCCAUUGAACAUUGCCCAGAUUGUGGCCUGUGUGGGUCAGCAAAACGUGGAAGGUGCCCGCAUCAGGUACGGCUUCAAUGAGCGGACCCUGCCGCACUUCACGAAGGACGAUUAUGGAGCGGAGGCGCGGGGCUUCGUGGAGAACUCCUACCUGGCAGGCCUUACACCACAGGAAGUCUGGAUGCAUGCCAUGGGAGGCCGCGAGGGGGUCAUCGACACGGCCUGCAAGACCUCCGAGACAGGGUACAUCCAAAGGCGUCUUGUGAAGUCUAUGGAGACACUGAAGGUGGCCUAUGAUGGCACAGCUCGGAAUGCCUGCAAUGACAUUAUCCAAUUCCUUUAUGGAGAGGAUGGCAUGGACGGGCUUUGGAUCGAGGAUCAAACUCUGGAGAUAAUGACUUACGACAACCGGAAGCUCGAGAACACCUUCCAGCACAAGUACACUGACGCAGACUACGGGCUCGGUUGGCUGCCGACCCGCGUCCUGGAGCAGAUUAAGGUCAACAGUGAUUACCAGCAACUCCUUGAUGCUGAGUGGGAAAGGCUGAAGACCAUCAAGCAGCAGAUCUGCAGUGAGGUAUACCCGGAUGGUGAGACAAAGCAGCACAUCCCGAUCAACAUCGCCAGGCUGCUGGACCGGGCUCGCAACCGUGUCGCGGACGAGGAUGGCACUGAAGCGCAAGAGAGGAACGUAGAAGUGAAUGCCUGCAUCCGCCGUGCUGGCUGCGCAGCACUGUCCGAAUGCGGUCGGCACAACAGGUAUUCGCCCAUGGAGAUCGUCUACAAGGUUGAAAACUUGCUGAGGCAGCUGGAGGUGACCAGGGCCAUCGCAGAAGGCGACACCAUCGGACGGGAAGUGGAAGACAACGCGAAGGAGAAGCUAUCGAAGCAGUCUUUCGACUGGCUGAUUGGCGAGGUCAAGCAGAAGUUCAUGACCCAUGUGAUCCUCGGGCCCGAAGACACUGCCUCUGGCCUUUUGCUAGAGCAGGCGGAGAACGGCCUCGCCCUUGCACCGCUGGCAAUGCUGGCCGGUCUCCUGUUCCUCAUGCCGGCGGUCGCAGCCAUCCGCCUUGGAAGAGUGUGGCAUGGGGUCAUCUUCGUGAUCACGGCCAUGCUGUCCUUCAUUCACGAGGCGGUGGACUGCAAUGUGCUCCCAUCAUCUUUGGCGCCUGUUCUUGCCACAGGCCCUUUGCAUCAGUGGGUACGGCUGCUCGACUACGGCAGCCUCUACUUCUGUCUGCUGCAGCUUGGCUUCGUGGUCUCAGGGCCAGAGGAUCCCACUGUCCACAGCGAGUACCGCGGAGCUGACAUGGCUGGAGUUCCCAUGGAUGUGAUUGUGAUCCGCCUUGGAUCGGUCGUGGCAAUGUUCUUGUUCUUGUGCACCCGCACCUCGUGGCUGGACUUCCACUGGCAGAUUUGGAUUUUCUUGGAGGUCGUCUGGCUUUCAGGCUUUUCUUUCUUCUGGCUCCACCCUCGCCGACGCCUGUUUGCGACCGAAGUCCUCCUGCGAACGCGCUUCUGGCUGCGAAUCUGGAAGGCUGCAGUGCUGCCUUUGGCGACACUGACAACUCUGCUGGUAGCACUCUCCUCAGCGGCCAAAGAUGUCGUGCCUGUGGCUUGUCGGACAGUGCUCGCAGGACUUUCCGUCCGAACCAUCGACAUCAUCGCACAGGGUGGACAGGGCGAUGCGCUGCGGGAAAGCCAGCGGCUUCAAGAAGCUCAGGGUCUGUCGCCCUCCUGGAAUCCAGUGGUUGCACAACACCUGCUUGCUGCACCAGGUGUCCUGGGUGUGCCGACCAUCAUCGCCAGCCUUGUAGCACAUGCAGCGUGCAGAGCUGCUUGGCACUGGCCGCUGUUGAGUCGGCCAGCAGACUUUCGACCCGGAGGGUAUCUGGUCAUUCUGGGCCUGAUCCCUGCUUUGGCCGCUCACAUCGCAGCCUUCGCCCUCAUCGGUGCUACGCGGCCCUGCACUGCAUUUGAGUGCGAGGACAGCACUCUUGCAAAGCAGAUAGGAUGCAUCAUGGGCUACACCAGCAUUACGUGCGGCUUCAUCACGGCCUUGCUCCAGGGAUCCACACCAUCGCUAGUGCUGACAAUGUGCCUCAUGGUCUUCGCCAUGACAGCCCUAGCAGCGGGAAGUGCACCUCUGACAGCUGGGAGGAGGUGCCUAUGUUUCUCAACCAUUCUCAGUGAUGCUGUCCUCGUUGGCUUCGUUGUAUUGCUGCUAUUGGAGCAGCAUCUCAUCACGAUCAACUACCAGAUCCCCCAGGCGCUCUUCGCCCUCGCCGAGUACUCGUCCUUCGCAGUCUACUUGCUUUGGCCUCUUGCGUGGCGCAAGGAGGUCCGGGAUGAGUGGCAGAUGCACAAGGUCUGGCGCAUCUCGAAGCCGAUCCAGAUGGCUUGA